AAAAUACAAUACAAAUGUGCAUUACCCACGAAUGCAUCGAAUAAUACACUUGUUUGUUUGGGUUAUUUCGUUUUUUUAGUGCUGAAUUUAGUUCUUUCAUUACAUGAUUACAGGAACGUUUGUUGUGAUGUAUUUGCAAGCUAAAUAAACAAGUACUGGAUUGCGGUUGCCAUCGCGGGAUGCCUCUAACACCAUGGACAAAAAACACCGCUCCCUGCUGCAACUGCACCAGCACGACAUCGUCCGGGACCUGGACGUCACCUACAUUAUAGACAAGCUGUAUCAGGAGAACGCCAUCUCCAACGAGGACAUCGAGCACAUAUCCAACUUGACGAACCGUGUCGACCGUACCCGGUAUCUAAUCGACACGCUCCUCCAGAAUGGCAACAACGCUGCCUACCAAGCCUUCGUAGACAGUCUGUUCAAGGACCACAACUGGCUAUGGGAGAAACUCCAGCUCGACCUGAAUGAACCAAUGGUCAACGCCAGUUUUGAGGACAGCCUUAGCAAAGGCGACGUGCCGAGGUUGCCAGGUCAUUAUGUGCAGAGGGUUGCUGUGGUAAGUUUCUUAGUUAGUUAUCAAUUUGACACGCUCCUACUGAAUGGCAGCAACGCUUUUUGCCAAGCCUUCGUAAACAGCCUGUUCAAGGACCACAACUGGCUAUGGGAGAAACUCCAGCUCGACCUGAAUGAACCAAUGGUCAACGCCAGUUUUGAGGACAGCCUUAGCAAAGGCGAUGUGCCGAGGUUGCCGGAUCAUUAUGUGCAGAGGGUUGCUGUGGAAAAUGAAGUGGUCACCAAGCUUCGAAGUCUCGCGCGCCAUAAGAUCUUGGCUCUCCAUGGCAUGCCAGGGUCGGGAAAGACCUCCGUGGCCAUUGGCGCCCUGCGGUAUAACCCCGACCUCAUCAACACCACGUUUAAUGGUGCGGUGUUCUGGCUCAACUUCGGCAACUGCAAGACUGAAGAUGACAUCCUAAGUCUACAGAACAAAUUAUACCGCAAAGCAUCAUCCUCAAUGUACGUCCACAACUCGUACAUGAAUUCCUCUAUCUCCAUGUCAAGCAUCGGAUCCAACGCGGACAGCCAGUCGCUGUCCAGCUACGAGUGGACCUGGCAGGAGCUACGAGACAAACUCAAAGCACAGUUCGCUGAGAACGUGCUAAAAGAUGCCCUCUUAGUGCUAGAUGAAGUCAGCGAGAAGAGAUACCUGGAGGCGUUCGAUAUCGGGUGCAAGAUACUCAUCACUACGAGGGACACGGAUGUCGUGGACAAUUUCCAAGCACAGAUCAUUAAGGUAUCAAACAACUUUGAAGAGAAGGAAUCCCUAGAACUCUUCGCUUCCUGUCUUGACGUAGACGUUAGUAUGCUACCGCGUCAAGCCAAGAAGUUACACGACAUCUGCAAAGGCAACCCCUUUACCAUCGCGCUGUUGGGCGCCAUAUUGUCAGAGAACAGGCAGAGUUUGAACCAUGACAACAGUAGAUGGACUUAUUAUGUGAAUAAGUUGCAGAAGAAGGAAUUCUUGUUUUUACCUCGGCACGACAACCCGAUCAAAGUCUGCAUAAACGCACUCGACUCCGCCACACUGCCCCUCUUCAAGAAACUCGCCAUACUCCCCGACAACGCUAAAGUCACCGCCAGAGUCAUCGGCCGACUCUGGGACAAAAACGACUCAGAAGUCGAAACUAUCAUGAAAAAGCUCCGUCGGAAAUGCCUUAUAAUGGAAGAUUACAACUACGAUGAAAGAAUAUACGUUUACGAAAUACAUGACUUGAUCAUGAACUGUCUAAGAUCGUCGUUAAGCGAGGAUGAAAUGAAAAAAACUCACGCAGAAUUCCUAAAGAGAUACCACUAUGAUAACAUUAAUACUACACCGCUGGAUAUAAUCGAUGACGGUUAUAUAGCCUUCUAUAUUGGUUAUCAUAUAUAUAAUACUAAAAAUUCUAAUAAUAAGUGGAGUUUGUUUCAUAAAUUGUUCUUGGAUUUGAAGUUUUUAGGAAAUAAGGUGAAGCUGACGGGACCGGGUGAUGUUAUAUUGGAUUUGCAGAAAUAUGAGGAAUUGAUUGUUGAAGAUGACCUAGAUAAAGACCUACUGCUAGCCCUGAAGGUGUUUCUAGGCACCCACGGUAUAGACCUAUACCGGUACCCCUGCACGGACCUAGCCCAGAGCAUAUUACAACAUGAGUCCAAAGGCAUACUAUACAGUAAGGCGGCGGCGGUCGCACAAGAGAAUACUGCUAAAAAUGAGCUUUAUUUUGAGUUCCUGCACGAACAAAAUGUAGAGGAGAUCAAACAUUCAACAAUAGACCUUAAGGAGGAGAACAUAAGAUGCGUUGGUUUCCUCGGUGACUACGUUCUAGUAGGCACUCUGUCUGGCUCUAUAAAGAUGUUCAACAUAUCAACGAACAACCUGACCAAAGAGCUCCCCGGCAACGGCUCGCCCAUCAAGUGGGUCGGCGCGUGUCCCGUCAACCCGCCCGUCGUGGCCGCGCUCGCCUUCGACGGCGUGCUCACCGUGUGGUACGUCGACGACGUCGAGGCCGACACGGACACUAUCGUCGAAGAAGACCCUGAGGAACUAUUCAACAACAAUUACCCCGGCAACCUGAUCAUCACGCCCAAAAUGGGUCCCUACAUCGGCUGCCGAUGGCUCAACGACUCCGAGAUACUCGUAGCGCAUACCGCCAAGAUCGUCGUGCUGUAUGACCCUCAGGGGGCUCCGAGACACACUUACACGGACCUCGUGGAGAGGGACAGAGAGCUGUUGUGCUGCGUACCCAGUUAUGAUGACAGGUAUUUGAUAAUGGCGCUGGCCAAUAACAAUAAGAACUACGUCGAUGUUAUAGAUCUGAAGACUAAAGAAAAAGUGGUUUCAUUGGAAGAAAACGACACUGUAUUGGAUAUCAUCACUGUACCAGGCACACACCGAAUAAUAAUUCUAACACCUAGAGAAGUGAUAGAGCAUGAAUUAGAACUGAACGGACAUCAAACCAGCCUCGGCAUCUGCCGCACUCGCUCCAUCAUCACAGGUGACGCAGUGCGGGCCGAGCUAACAUUCCUGUCGUUGGCAGUCAACAAGACUGGCUCCCUGUUGUUUAUAUCCACCGAUGACAGUCGCAUUAUAUGCGUCGACCUUAACAACUUGGCGAGGAUCUUCGAUCUAGAGAAUCGGAGAGGCAAUGUGAUGUCCAUGGCUGUGAGCGAAGUGUGGCACGACAUCCUACCAGGGCCGGACGUCCUACUAACCGGGACGGGCACGAUAGAGAACUGCGCCAAGGUGUGGCAGCUCGACCCCUCUUACGUGGCGCAGAAUACUCAGAAGAAUGGGAAAGUGCGACUAACGACAAAGUUCGACGUGAGUUUUGUGGAAGCAGUAUCCCCACACACACCGACGGGCAACGGUAGCCACAGCGUCCACGCCACGCCCAAGAGGAACAAAUCCUUCGCUCUCCACACUGAGGAUGAAAGGAAGAAACCACCGCUCAAAGGCACCAUGAGCCUCGACCGCCACUCCAAACCUUGCCUCGCGCUCAACCUCAAGGGAAUAUGCAACAACGACAGCGGGGCACAGCCCCUGUUGGCCGUACUCGACGACAAGAACAACAUACAGAUAAUCCGUGGAACAAAAAUGCUCACCGAAAUAAUAACAAAGGCAGACGAAAGGAUAACCGCCCUAAAAAUCUCUCCAUGCAACCAAUACAUCAUAUACGGGCUGCGCUCAGGCCGGGUGCAGAAAUACGCGCUCCGCACUAAAGAGACCAAAAUUAUUCUUGACGUGAAGAGUGCCGUUCAGUACCUGAGCUUCGUGAAUCCUAACUUGUUGGUGGCGGCGGGCAAGAAUCGGUGUCUGAUGGCGUACAGAUUGAACAACGACGGGAAAUGGAUGCCCGAGAUGCUGCAGAAGGGGAACAGCUAUCUGGGCUCGCAGGAGAUAUUAAAUGACAUGGAAGGUAUAAAAAAGAAAAACGGCCAACCGGACCGCCUAUCCAACUCGAGCAGUGAGAGCAGCCUCAGUUCCAAAGACCGUCAAUUCCCAGGCACCAGAGGAUGCCUCAGCGAAAGCACUUUAGUAGAAUGUUUCUACCACAAAGGGCUUUUAACAGUGGAAUAUAAUGCCACUGUCAAACUCUGGGACGAGCUGCAUUGGAGGGCUGAGGUGUUGAACGGGAGGCAGAAUGAUGUUCAAGUCAGUUGUGCGGCGUUUAGGAAAAAUGUGUUGGUUGUCUGUGAUGAUUAUAAUAAGAAGUUUCAGACGUUCGAGCUGCGCGAGGGGAACCAAACCGAGCUGCACAAGAUACAGGAGUACAGACUGAACAACAAGAUUGUGUCCUGCGAUCUUACGUCCGACGGGCUUAUACUGGCUAUGGGACUCGACUCGGGCGAUGUUGUGCUAUGGAACGUGCAAGGCAAACGCCAGCUCCGCCUCCUAAAGCACCACAAAGCAAAGGUCCAAUGGUGCGCCUUCUCCCCCGUCCCCGACCGCAUCUUCACCUCCCCCCACUCCCCCACCACCCCCACCGAUGAAAACCAACCCCCCCUCGUCCUUGUCACAAUGGCGGCUGAAAUAGUCUGGUGGAACAUAACGUAUGUUAUAAACAACAAGCCGCCGCCACGGAAGAUCAACGUGGUGACUCCGCUGGUGUUGAGUCCACGGGAGGUCACUUCGGCUGUGGGGAACAUGAGUAUUGGCUCGAGUAAUUUCUUCUUUGGGGGCGGAGGAGUCAGUUGCUGGAGGGAGCUUUGGAGAAAAAAGACAUAUAAAGAGGGCUCAAAAAGAAAAGACAUAUUGGCGUGCAUCAAGUUGUCAGGUAUGAACGCAAAAAAGCUGUGUUUCGACGAGAAAUUCUCUUGUUUCGUGACCGUCGACAACCCUGGCCACAUCCACAUAAUGAACGUUAUGUCGUAGCAACGAAACUGUCGCAGUGCUGCAGCUAGGGUUGCCACUCGAUGUUAUGGGUGCAUUGGUUUGUGAAAUUAAAUCUUAAUGUUUUAUUUUGCCAGCUAAUUUAUUUUGCGAGGGAAAAUACUAUUGAGGUUAAGACUGCCCUGGCUAAGUUAUCUGGCAAGGAUAAACGACAAUCGCGCGCGAUAAAGAUGUAGUCAUUAUUUUAAAUUCCGCUGGCUAUAUGCGAAAUUCAUUCAUAUCUUUUUGAUUUCGCUGGAUAGAGUAACUGGCGAAAGUUUAUCGCGCACGUAAAUAGUUAGGUAUUCGAAGAGUGUUUCUAGCACCUGUUUUAGAUAAUGUUUGAUGUGUGCAUAUAAAACAUAAAUGCCCCUAACAGAGAUGAUAGUCUUGUAGGGCAAUUAAAUUGUUAAAUAGAUUUUUAAAUAAAUUUUAAGCUAUGUAUUGCCUAAGUUUUUUUUUUCGCUUAUAUUAUUAGUUAAUUUCAAUGGUGAUAUACCAGUUCUUCCAAUGCAUUUCAAAUGUUUAUGUUAAUCUUAAUUUUCUAUUAGUUUCAUAAAUGUAUACGAUUUGCCAUUGCCCAUUAUAUAUGUUUAAAUGAUUUUAGUAAAUUUUUAGAGUAUUUUAACUGGAUCGAAAUAAAUGCAUGUGGAUCACGUUUAAACAAAAAUGUAGUCUCAAACUAGUACUUACCUUCAUAGCUUUUGGUAUGAUUGAUGAUGAUUACAGUAUUAAUAUUAAACGACUCUCUAUUCAUCUAUCCAGAUCUGAAUUUACCUGCAUAUUUUGUAUACCGUUAAAGUCCUUUCGCUUUUGAUUAUUAUUUUAAUUUCGUAUUCGUAGUGUUUAUUAUAGUUAUGAAUUUAAACUGCCCGCCUCUUCGACUACGUAAAUAAUACGAUUAAGAUAAUUUUAUACAGUCUUAUAUUUUACAACGAAAAUGAUGCUCACUAUAACGUGAUAUUUUGAACAAAAUCAUAGCGUAAAAGUCAAGCGCACAAUACGUAACUUAAGUACGUUGGUUGUUAAAAUAAGCAUUUUAUAAGACUUAAGGUUCUUCGGUCAGUCUUUUACUGUAUCUUGGACAACUGGACUUAAUGUGCGAAGUCUAACAAAAAAUUGUGUUGUCUUUAUACUGUAGUUGUAUUUUCAACAGUAAACGUACUGAUAUGAAUAGUGUUAUGAUGUCAUGAGUUUUUGAAUGUCUUCGCACGUUUAUUGUGGUUCAAUUUUGUUUGUAUCUUAAGAAAAUGUAACUUGUAAGCGUAAUUCAAAUGGUUGAUAAAAGCAGCAUUGCAAUAGCCUAAAUAUUGAGAUUACGGUGGUUAGUGUGGUUAACUAAUGAGAUUUACCAUGUGUUCAAUCCCACCACGUUCUGUCAUAAAUACGUACAUAUUUAACAAUUAUACAGUAAGUAACCUUUAUGCACUGCUUUCUGGGCGUUUAAGUCUAUGAGCUGAAAUAUAUUUCAGCCAUUUGGUGAACUCGAGAUAAAAAUAAAUGGGUUGAUAUUUCACCCAUAAUUUUCUAACAAAGAGGAACGAUUUAAGAUCACUUCAGUGUACAAGGGUAAAAUACUUAUAAUAGCCAAUAUAUCAUAGAGUAUUAUAUUAUAUUACUAUAAUUAGUCAUAAUUUUAAAUAGUCAUAGUUGAAGCAAACCCUGAACAUUAUAGUGCCGUCUCAAAACUACCGUACAAUUGUUAUUUUUUUAUCAUUUUGCAGUUAUUUUCUUAUUCCAUAUCGAUUUUGUUUCAAAAUGUAUUUUCAGUCCUAUCCUAGUCUGAGUUUAAAAAUAAUAUAGUAAUAACAUUUUGGUUAGUAUAUAUUUUAUUAAAAGAUGAAAUAAACUACAUACUUCAUCUAGUUGUGUUAACGUAGUCAAAAUUUACCUUGUAAAUAUGUGAGUAGUACUUACAACAACCUGGCCGAACUACCCUCGAUCACUGGAUAUAUUCGUGAAUCUUUUUACAUUGUACUUGCUAGAUUAAAAGAGUACAUUUAUGAGAGACAGCUGUCGAAUUUUGAUGUCUCACAAUAAUAAACGCAUAUUUUAUACUUUACUGUAAAUAUCUCGUAGGCUGGUACUUUUAUAUUAUAUAUUGCCUUAACUGUGCUAAGUGGUUCAAUUGUUCAAUUUUAGUGAAUAUCAUUAAAUUUAUAUAAAUAUCUAUAGGUGAAAAUUUAACCUCUUACAAUGGCAUCAUCGCAUUAUUAUUUAAGAACUGUGUCAAAAAAAAUUGGAAAGUUAAAUAAAAUGGCUGGACUAAAAUUGAUAUAAUGUAGGAAAAAAUUGUCAA